GAAUAUAGAUCUUUAAAGCUGAUUGAAAUUUACCAGUGUGGAAAUACUCGGUCAUGCAUUUGAAAGGUUCUGGGCCAAAUCCGGAGUUCUUUUUUGUAUAAACUGAAGUCAGUGGGAGUGUGACUGAGGAAGCAGUGCUGUGUGCUUGCUCUUUUGUUGGAGGAUCAGUCUGGAGAUAUGUGCAAACCUUCCAGUUUGCUGUUAUGUUGGACAAAUAACUGUAAUUUAGUCUGAGUAACUGUCGUGAUUGUGGUGUAUUUUCAGGGAAAAAAUUGUUUGCUAGAUGUAAGUCAAGUUACGAGCGUUAUCUGGGAGAAGGAGAGGUGUUGUGAGAUGGAGGUGCGCAGGAGCGCGAGUAGAUGUGUAUUUCAGACAUAAGUGAGUGGGAAAGCUCAUUGCCUUGAGACGUGUUGUGCUUUAAUGCAUGUCUGUGCUUAAGGAUACAGCACCUUGAGGCUGACACGUUUAGGGAAAAACUGUGCUUCACACAUGUUAUAGCUGAUCCUUCAGAUUGCUUUAGCACACAGACGGGUAGUCAAAAAGAGAAAACAUUUUUCGAUCCUCCAGUCGAUCUGUGUGUUUUUAAGCAGCACUCAAGAAUAAGACUAAGAACUAGAGCUGAGCUGGCCCACAGAGACUGUGUUUCUUCCCGGGCAUGUGUGUGCAGCAGCUCUCCAGCCCGUGUGGCUGCCGGCCUGCACCUUGGCCUGCCAAACAAUGGGAACGAAUCAUGUGAGGAAACUCGAGGUGUCAACAUUGGCUUAAUUUUUUCUUUUGCUUGUCUGUAAUUACUCUGCUGAAUUACAGGAGAUUAGUUUGUUAGUUGCAGCUGGUUAAUAUUCCUUCUAUUUUCGUUCCGAGUUGGAGAGCUGUGCUGUGAGGCUUGGUAGAGGUUCUCAUUGGAUUUCAGUGCAAGUUUGGAGUUCUUGCUUCAUCCCUGUGACUGGGAGAUCCUCGGGAUGGCACUGAGAGCUCUGUAGCUCCUUUUGGGAUUCCUGCCCCAGUCUCAGGGAUCAAACCCUAGUAGUUUACUUCAGACUGGAAGGAGGAGCUUGAAACAAAUUUUGCUCGAGCUGGGUGAUUCUAAGCCCUCCACAGCUACUGGAGAGGAUCAGUUCAAGGCACGAUCAGGUUACCAUAAGGGCAGGGAUUUGUCCUUGCUGCAGUUUUGACCCCGCAAUCACUAGGUGCUCAGCCAGAAGGCUUUAGCACGAUGAGAAGGCCACGUCUGUCAAGGGGGAAUGUCAGCAUGGCCAUCCUGGGACAGGAGGACUGAAACGGCAGAAGCACCGCAAUUAUUUGGGCAGACUGCUUUUGACUACUGAUAAAAUCUGCCGUGUGGCGGCUGUGGAAGAACGGGACGGUCUCUCCUGCUUGGUCUGUGGUAUCCAGUGUGACCAAGUGGGAUCACCAUGAAUGUGACAAGUUUAUUUUCCUUCACCAGCCCAGCAGUGAAGAGGCUGUUGGGGUGGAAGCAGGGGGAUGAAGAAGAAAAGUGGGCAGAAAAGGCUGUUGAUGCACUAGUGAAAAAACUAAAGAAGAAGAAAGGUGCUAUGGAGGAGCUGGAGAAAGCAUUAAGCUGUCCUGGUCAGCCCAGCAACUGUGUGACAAUUCCUCGGUCCUUGGACGGCCGGCUUCAGGUUUCACACCGGAAAGGGCUGCCACAUGUAAUUUACUGCAGAGUGUGGCGCUGGCCAGACCUGCAGAGCCAUCAUGAACUGAAACCACUGGAAUGCUGUGAGUUUCCUUUUGGUUCAAAACAGAAGGAGGUUUGCAUCAAUCCCUACCACUACAAGCGGGUAGAAAGUCCUGUUCUACCUCCAGUGCUGGUACCAAGGCACAGUGAGUACAACCCUCAGCACAGCCUCUUGGCUCAGUUCCGCAACUUGGGACAAAAUGAGCCCCACAUGCCACACAACGCUACUUUCCCAGACUCUUUUCAGCAACCCAACAGUCACCCGUUCCCCCAUUCGCCAAACAGCAGCUAUCCAAACUCGCCUGGAAGCAGCAGUAGCACCUACCCACAUUCUCCAGCCAGCUCAGACCCAGGAAGCCCUUUUCAGAUGCCAGCUGAUACUCCUCCUCCUGCUUACCUGCCUCCGGAAGAUCAGAUGACACACGAUACCUCCCAGCCAAUGGAUACCAACAUGAUGGCACCCGGAAUCCACCCUGACAUACACAGAGGAGAUGUUCAGGCUGUUGCUUAUGAAGAGCCGAAGCACUGGUGCUCCAUUGUUUAUUACGAGCUGAAUAAUCGUGUUGGGGAGGCCUUCCAUGCGUCUUCCACCAGCAUCCUGGUGGAUGGCUUCACUGAUCCUUCAAACAAUAAAAACAGAUUUUGCCUGGGGCUGCUCUCCAAUGUUAACCGGAAUUCCACCAUUGAGAAUACAAGGAGACACAUUGGAAAAGGUGUUCAUCUCUAUUAUGUUGGUGGAGAAGUGUAUGCUGAAUGCCUCAGCGACAGCAGUAUUUUUGUGCAAAGUCGAAACUGCAACUACCACCAUGGUUUCCAUCCAACCACAGUGUGCAAAAUUCCCAGUGGCUGCAGUUUGAAGAUUUUCAAUAAUCAGGAGUUUGCUCAGCUUUUGGCACAGUCAGUGAACCAUGGCUUUGAGACGGUGUACGAGCUUACUAAGAUGUGCACUCUCCGCAUGAGUUUUGUAAAGGGUUGGGGAGCUGAGUAUCAUCGACAAGAUGUAACGAGCACUCCAUGCUGGAUAGAGAUACACCUUCAUGGUCCCCUUCAGUGGCUGGAUAAAGUACUUACUCAGAUGGGCUCUCCUCAUAAUCCUAUUUCUUCAGUGUCUUAAGGUCCCAAGCUCCUGCAUUUUGGAAACAAUUGAGCCUUGCAUGUACUUGAAGGACGUAUGAGUCAGACACACACAUUUUUCAUCCCCCACCCCCCCCCUGAACUGGCAACAGCUGAAUAAGAGCCAUGAAAAUACUUUACUUCUGUGACCAACUGUUGGAUCUGGGGGGAAAAACAACAACAACAACAAACAAAACAAAAAAAAACAACAAAAAACAACCCCUUUGAUAUAAUACUGUUGGUAUCAAGAAUUUUAGUUCACAUAGUAACAUGAUAUUGCAAAGUUGAUUUACAGGCCUUAUCGUAAAGGAGGCUACUGAGCCAAAACAACAAUCUGUUGGACUGAAUUCACGAAGGAGCUUCCUAUAGUUAACUCUCUGAGAUUCUCUUCCUUCUUGACAUCCAGCACUGGCUGUUUUUGUCUUUUUCCCCAUGUUGUCCUCUUGGGUUGAGAGCUAACGUUGGUGAAGCCUGCUUUUUGCAGGGUUUCUGCAGUAUGUUUUAAAAUCAUUUGUUUAAGUUGAUGUUUAUUCUUCUCUUUAUAAGACAAAAAACAACCGACGAACACCUAACAUAUUGUUUUAAUACCAAUAACUUGUAAUAAUCUUGGAAAUUGUGUCCUGACCAUACUGCUGUAAGAAUGUUAGGUAUGUUUUUUGGUAAAUGUAUGUAUGGUGUAUUUCAAAGAUUAGAAAUCCUUUAGACGUAGACCAUAAAGGAAUUAGGAAUAUUUGAAUGGGGGGAAGAGGGAGUGGGAAGAGAAGAUGACAACUGAGAUGUAGAAUAUAAUGUAAACAUAGCUUGUUAGUUUAAACGGAGGUCUGAGUUUUGCUGUGUAUUUCAUUUUUUAUAGUGGCUUCACCUUGCAAAUUCUGACAUUUUUGCCUCUUCCUUUUCUCCCAGAGCAAUUGUGCAGCUGGUUAAUUCUUUUACCUGUGAAGAGGACGAAAUGAUUAAUUCCUGCAGUUUGAAGGCUGCAGCUCUAUGUAUUUCAAGACAAAAUUGUACAGUGUGCUCUAACUAUUGAGCAGUUUUAUACAGUGUAUGUAACAGAAAUAGGCUUUUAAUUUUGUAAGAGAAUCUUGUUUUGCCAAAUCUAGAAACUGUUAAUUGUUUGGAGGGCUUCAAAAUCCCCAUGUGGGUCUGUUUAAAACUUUUGAAAAUAUAUAUAUUUUUAAUUUUUUUUUACUGCUUGGUUUAUUUUCUUCUCUUUGAUCUUUUAUAUUCACAUAAGCUGUAGUACUUUUAAGUACCUUUAUUCCAUACUUAGUGGGUCCUCUUUACUGGAAGUUUUGAAUAAAACCUGUUGUUAGUGCUUACAUUUGAUUAAAACUUUGUCUUGUCCACUUCUUAGUAGAUUUUGACAAACCAGAUAAAGAUAUGAUCUUGGAGGAGGAACAACUAGAAGUGAAGAGACUGACAUUUAUGGCUAGUACAGGUUAGUAACCCUACAAAAGUUAGUAUGGGAGAUAAAUGAGCUCUCUAGAGGGAAAGACUUCUUAAUUAUAGGAUGUAUUAAUAUGGAUGCAAUAACACUGAAGUUCCGGUUCAUAAAAUUUCUGUGAUUUUUUCAGCAUACGUUAUCUGAAUAAGCAGAGAGUUUCUCUGCCUUUUACUGAAAUAGCUAGCAGACUGUAGGCUGUGUGAAGGUGACUAAGUCAAUACAGUUGCACAUUCAUUGAGUUCUGAGAAACUCAGUGAGAAAUGCUUAUAAUGUAAUAAGAACUUAAGUGAGAUAUGACUUAGUGACCUUCUUUUUCUCUAGUUGUAAAAUAAACAAGUAAGCCUGAUCCUCUUUCAUGAAACAUUUAGAUGUCUCCAUCAAAAUAAAUACUUCCCUCCCUUACAGUAUUUUUUUUUAUCAUGAGGAAAUUGUUUGAAUGCCUGUGUUCCAUGAAGAAAGUAUUUGGACACUACUUAUGUGUAUCAGCCUUCACAGUCUCUUGUCUAUUUGCCUUGCGUUGGUUUGCCUUGUGGAGAGCACUGCUGCCUCCAGCUGUUUUGCUGGAGACCUGCUGGCAGUGAAGGCCAUAGUGGCAGUGUUUUUUUUGUCUUCGUAACCUUUAAGUACAAUUUUCUUUAAAUUCAGAUUAAUAUUUCUUAUAAAGUGGUAGUCAUGGCACAAACAGAUGUCUUAAACUUUUAAGUUAAAGAUUAUCAUAAAAAGGAAAUAAUAUUUUUUGCUGUUGGCUCAGUCUGUGCUUUUUUUUUCCUAUCUUCAACCCCUACUGUAUUAACUUCCAGCUGUUUCCAACCAGGUUCCUUCCUUCUGGUGGAAUACAGAAAUUGGGCAAUUAUUUUUUUUUUAAAGGGCUACAACCAGUCAUGCAGGUCUUAAGUGUUUCUGCCUCUCCGUAUUUGGAUGAUCCUGUAAAAGCUAUAAUAAACUUUGAAAUAGCUUUGAAGUAAA